UGAAGGAUUUUCAAAAUGGCAUUUUGUGUCGUAUUUGGUUGUUUAUAAUUGCUGCUCGCUGCCUGCUGAAACGACUUUACUCCAGUUAAAAGUUAAUAAAAAGAAACUAAUAAGAUACAGAGAGUGAGUUGAGAGCAUGUUGGAAACGAAGAGCAUAGCUGCCUUGGCUUUUACGGAGACGCCGCGCAAGCGCAAAAGGGAGACGCUGAGUGGCAAUGCUGCCCCGCCCCCGAAUCCACAACAACAACCCCUGGGAAAGGACGCCCAGGUGUCGCACAUCCACGCACAGGAUGCAGCUGUCGCGUCUGCCACGGAAUCCUGCUUCACCAACGCGGCCUUUAGUUCCACUCCGAAGAAACUGAUGAUUGGACGCCGUCGUUUGGCCAAGGAGAACAGCAAUCCCCAUCCGAAUCCCUUUCCCGGCUUGGAGGUCAAGUCGAUAGCCGAUCUUGCCCAGAAGCAGCUGCCCACCAAUCCGUUCGAGGUCCUGCGUCAGCCGCCCAAGAAGAAGAAGCGCGAGCAACUGGCCUGCUUCGAGAAUCCUGGCCUGAAUUUGGAACUGCCCGAGAAGCAGUUCAAUCCCUAUGAGGUCGUCCGCUUGGCAGCCACGCCCGCCAAGGGCUUCGUCAAUCCUGGCCUGAAUUUGCGCGGCAGCGAUGCCCCAGCCUCGCUGAAUCCCUUCGAGAUCCAUAGGCCAAGUGAGGCCUCCGAGGCGGCCUGCAACCCCUCGGGUGUGGCGAAUCCCGCUCUGGCCGAGAGGGAUGCGGAGGAGCCGCUGCCCACCAGCUUGAAGAUCGGGCUGCCCUUCACUCCGACCCUGGGCUGUCGCAUCGAUUUCCAUGGCAUGUCGCUGGCCCAGCUGACUCCCAGCAAACUGCUGGCCGAGAAGCUAGUGUUCUCGCCAGUACCGGCGCCCAAGAGAUCUCUGGGCGCCAUCAGCGAGGAAUCCUCCAUGGAUAUUGGCAAGGAGCUGGAUCGCUAUCAACUGGAGCUUGAGAACAGCAUCAACGAGGCGAAAUUGCGAAAGAAUGGUGUCCAGGUGGACAGGGAGGUGCCCAGGAAUAGCUUGGAAGUGGAGCUACCCAAGAACACCAAGGUCUCCUUGGUCAUGGAGACGGAUUCCCAAGAGCUAAUGAUGCAGGAGGUGGCGCAAGGAGACAGCCAAGUGGAGAGACGUCUGGUUUGCACCCGGAGACGUACUCUCACCGAGAUUACUGAGACGCCCGAGGUGGAGGAGGAGAAGAAGGACUUGGAGGCAGAGAAGCUACGCGAGCAGGAGAGGAUUCUGGAGCAGGAAAUGCAGCUGGAGAAGGAAAGACAUUUGGCCAGGGAGAAGCAAUUGGAGCAGGAGAAACUCCUGGAGAGGGAGAAGCACUUGGAGCGGGAGAAGCUGCAGGAGAAACUGCACGAACAGCUCAGGGAGAAGCUCCAGGAGAGGGUUAAGCUGCUGGAGAAGGAGAAACUGGAGGAGGAGGAACUGCUGGAGAAGCAGCUGCAAGAGCAAAGGAACCUCGAGGCACAGCAGGAGCCCCCAGCCGAAGAUGUGGCCUAUGCCUCGGACGAAUCCGAGGACGAACCCGAUGACCUGGACUUCAAGGCACCCACACGCUUCGUUCGGGCCUACAGACCUGCCGCUCUGCCCACCAAGGCGGCCAGCAAGGAGUCCCUCCACUCCAUCGGAUCCAGCAAGUCCUCGAAGUCGGCAGAGGUGAAACCCAGUGGCGGCAUGAAGGGCAUGAUACGGAAGUCCAUACGCCGACUCAUGCAUCCCACGCAUACGUCUCCCGAGAAAACGGAGGAUAAGGAUGCAGAUGCUCCAGGCCAUCAUCACAACAACAUACUCCAUAGCAUUCGGCACAGUCUGCGGCGGCGGCCCCAGAAGGCAGCCGAGGUGGACAACCAGAUGGAACCUGUGCUCGCCGACAUAUCCAUCAUCGACACUAGCGAGCGGACGAUGAAGCUGCGCUCGAAUGUGGCCCAAACCGAGUACAUGACCAUCGAGCAGCUGACCAACGAGAAGAAGCACACCCUGAGGAACAGCAUCCGUCGGUCCACGCGGGACGUGCUGCGCCAUGUGUUCCACAAGAGCCACGAUGCCUACGCCACCGCCAAGUGAGGUGGCCGCCAGGAUCGGAGUGGGUCGGUUUGGGGGGACUUAAAAACUAUCGAGGAAUCAUUAUAGAAAUAUCUAGAGUUCUUAAAUUCUUGUAUCAUUAUACAAAAUGUAAUUUCCCAAAUGUUGUACUUUUCAAGGGAUAUACGAAAUAUUUUUUUUAAUCUGGGAGACAGGAAAAGUUGUCAAUAUUUAUUUUUCCUUGGUUUCCCAUUGUUAUAAAGCUCAAUUUGGCAAUAUUGAAAAUUCAGUUUGUUAAAAAUGGAUAUUUAGAUAUCCUUAUUUUUCGAACAUCUAUUUAUUUCUUUUCCCAUUCAAAAUCGACCCACUUCAUCAAGGUUUUUACUUCUUUAAAAUCGAUUUUUCAGCACCUAGUUAAGUUUCUUAAAUGCACCCAAAGAUUGUCACACAAAACCAUCAAACCGAAAGGUUUUCU